AUGAACACAAUCGUCUUCGGCCACCCCUCGGCGAAUCCGCUACUGCUGGCAAUCGAGGCCGCAAGCGAGCCCAACAGCUACCUACUACUGCUCAUAAACGCUCACACCAAACGCGUCCGGGAUCGAAUAAUAAUCCUUCCACCUAUUUGGUUAACCAUUCUUCUUCCACCAUUCUACCAAUUCUACCAAUUCUACCAAUUCUACCAAUUAGGAGGAGUAAGAGGAGGAACUACAACAGGCAAAUGCGGAGAAUACUGCGGAGAAACCAAGCGGCAACAAGGCUACCAUCGUCAAGAACACGGCUCAGCUCUCCAAGAUCCCACGUCAUAUGCUCUCCACGGUUCCGCAUCAAAUCAUCACUCAGCAAGCGAAGAACACCACUGCAACUUGGCCGUUCCACAUCAAAUCAUUACUCAGCAAGCGGAGAACACCACUGUAACUUGGCCUGUCAUCCCCACUGCAUUGAGGAGUAAGAGGAGGAACUACAACAGGCAAAUGCGGAGAACACUGCGGAGAAACCAAGCGGCAACAAGGCCACCAUCGUCAAGAACACGGCUCAGCUCUCCAAGAUCCCACGUCAUAUCAGUUAUCCACUCAGUCAGCCACUCAGCUAGCCACUCAGCUAGCCACUCAGCUAGCCACUCAGCUAGCCACCAGCUAGCCACUCAGUCUGAUACUCUACAAGAGGAGGAGCAAGAGGAGGAACUACAACAGGCAAAUGCGGAGAACACUGCGGAGAAAUCAAGCGGCAACAAGGCCCCCAGCACCAAGAACACGGCUCAGCUCUCCAAGAUCCCACGUCAUAUGCUCUCCACGGUUCCAUAUCAAAUCAUCACUCAACAAGCGGAGAACACCACUGCAACUUAG